CUGGGGAUGGACCUUGCAUCAGAGAGUAAAAUGAGUUCAGAGGGAGAUGACUGCCGACCAGUACCUCCUACUUCUCUACCCCUGCAAGGAGGUUCUUCACAGAGGAAAAAACUUUCUGCUCCUCGUAUCAGCUUGUCACUGGACCAGAGCGAGGAUGAUUUCGGGGAGACACCAGAUGAUCUCGACAUUAAUGUGGAUGACCUUGACACUCCAGAUGAGGGCGAUUAUUUUGACUACACCGACCAUGAAACAGACUGGGAAGAUCCCAGUGCCAUUAAUAGGAGUGACAAAGAUGACACCUACAACACAAUUCCAACCUACAGUGCAGAGGAGGAGCGCCAAGAUGGCAGGCUUUGGAGGACUGUCAUCAUCGGAGAGCAGGAGCACCGCAUCAACAUGAAGAUCAUUGAGCCUUACAUGAAAGUUAUCUCCCAUGGAGGCUACUAUGGUAACGGAGUGAAUGCCAUCAUAGUGUUUGCUGCCUGUUUCCUGCCAGACAGUAAUCGAGAGGACUACCAUGAAAUAAUGGAAAACCUUUUCCUUGCCAAGUUUAGCAGCAAGAUUAAGUAUGUGCACAGUUUGGAUGAACUGAAGGAAAUUAUUCCAAUGGAUUGUGUCCAGAUCCCAGAAUGCAUCAUUAAACUCGACAAGGAAAUGAAGGAAGCAGCAGAAAACUCAAAAAUGAAUAGUUUUCUUCAGGGGACCGAGUUAAUGACAACAAGCAGAACAGCACAAGUCCAAGCUGGUGCCAGCAGCUCGUAAACUCCAACAUCCAGAAUUGAUGGGACACCUUGGCGCUCAAAAGUCCCUGUAAUGGAUGGGUCAAGCUGGAAAGUGGAGCUCCUGUGUGUGUGUGCGUGUUUGUUGAUUAGACACCAGAGUUUUAUUUAGGCACAUCUUGUCUCAGUCCCACUCAGCUCAGUCCUAAUUGCUGCUGUAGCAUCUGCUCUGUUGUACACUUGCAGCCAUGAAAACUAAAUAGUCAGGUGUGAUAUUUUCCAGCAUCAACAGAGUAACACUGAUGUUCACUUUAGGGUAGAAAAUGCAAUUACACUCUAGAAAGUGCAGCGCACAGAUCCAUUUUAGAAACUACUGUGUGCAUGAGAAGCAGCAAAGCAAUAACAUCACCACUUUCUGGGUACUCUGUGAUUUGUGUGUUAGCCAUUUACGCAGAAAAGGAGAAGGAAUAAAACAACCUUGUGCCAUAGUUUAUGACCGACUUGCAGCAAAGCAGGGGAUCUUUAAUCUUGUCUCGAAACAGGAGAAUAAACCUACAAAAAACUUUAAGAUGUCAAUCUGAAACAAA